CGCUGCCCGGCUGCCAUGGCCGCGCACGGGAAGCUGCGCCGGGAGCGGGGGCUGCAGGCCGAGUAUGAGACGCAAAUAAAAGAGAUGCGCUCGCAGCUGAGCGAGCAAUUGCGCUGCCUGGAGCUGCAGGGGGAGCUGCGGCGGGAGCUGCUGCAGGAACUGUCCGAGUUCAUGCGGCGCAGGGCCGAGGUGGAGCUAGAGUACUCCCGGGGCCUGGACAAGCUGGCCGAGCGCUUCUCCAGCCGAGGAGGCCGCCUGGGGGGCAGCAGCCGCGAGUACCAAAGCUUCCGGAAGGAGCCGACCCUCCUGUCGUCCUUGCACUGCUGGGCCGUGUUGCUGCAGCAGACGCGGCAGCAGAGCCGGGACAGUGCGGCCCUCAGCGAGGUGCUGGCCGGGCCACUGGUCCAGCGCCUGAGUCACAUUGCGGAGGAUGUGGGGCGUAUAGUCAAGAAGAGUAAGGAUCUGGAGCAGCAGCUGCAGGAAGAGCUCCUGGAGGUGGUGUCUGAGCUUCAGACGGCCAAGAAGACAUACCAGGUGUACCACACGGAGAGCAUGAAUGCUGAGGCCAAGCUCCGGGAAGCUGAGCGGCAGGAGGAGAAGCGGGCUGGCCGCAGUGCUGCUCCGGCCACGGCCACGGCCACCACUGAGGCAGGGCCCCUGCGCAAGACCUCUGUCAAGAAGGGAUCACGGCUGGUAGAAAAGCGUCAGGCCAAGUUCUUGGAGCACAGACUGAAGUGCACAAAGGCGCGCAACGAGUACCUGCUCAGCCUGGCCAGCGUCAACGCCGCGGUCAGCAACUACUACCUGUAUGACGUCUUGGACCUCAUGGACUGCUGUGACACAGGGUUCCACUUGGCCCUGGGCCAGGUGCUCCGGAGUUACACGGCUGCCGAGAGCCGCACCCAAGCCUCCCAGAUGCAGGGCCUGGGCAGCCUGGAGGAGGCGGUGGAGGCCCUAGAUCCUCCAGGGGACAAGGCCAAGGUGCUGGAGGUGCACUCAGUCGCCUUCUGCCCCCCGCAGCGUUUUGACUACCAGCCCCACGAGGGGGAUGAGGUGGCUGAGAUCCAGGUGGAGGUGGAGCUGCGGGACGAGAUUCUGCCCAGAGCCCAGAAUAUCCAGAGCCGCCUGGACCGACAAACCAUAGAGACAGAGGAGGUGAACAAGACGCUGAAGGCCACACUGCAGGCCCUGCUGGAAGUGGUGGCAUUGGAGGAUGGGGACAUGCUGGACUCCUUCCAGGCCAGUCCCUCCACGGAGUCCCUCAAGUCCACCAGCUCCGACCCAGGUGCUCGGCAGGCGGGCCGGAGGCGGGGCCAGCAACAGGAGACCGAGACCUUCUACAUCACGAAGCUCCAGGAGUACCUGAGUGGACGGAGCAUCCUUGCCAAGCUGCAGGCCAAGCAUGAGAAACUGCAGGAGGCCAUUCAGCGAGGUGACAAGGAGGAGCAGGAGGUGCCCAGCGCCCAGUACACACAGAGAAAAUUCCAGAAGAGCCGCCACCCCCGCCCCAGCUCCCAGUAUCACCAUAAACUCUUCGGAGGAGACAUGGAGAAGUUUAUCCAGAGCUCAGGCCAGCCCGUGCCCCUGGUGGUGGAGAGCUGUGUCCGCUUCAUUAACCUCAACGGCCUGCAACACGAGGGCAUCUUCCGAGUGUCGGGGGCCCAGCUCCGCAUCUCAGAGAUCCGCGAUGCUUUUGAGAGAGGGGAGGACCCCCUGGUGGAAGGCUGCUCGGCCGGCGACCUGGAUUCGGUGGCGGGGGUCCUGAAGCUCUACUUCCGGAGCCUGGAGCCCCCCCUCUUCCCCCCGGACCUGUUCCGGGAGCUUCUGGCUUCUGCGGAGCUGGAGGCCAUGGAGGAGCGGGUGGAGCUGGUGAGCCGCCUUCUGGCGCAGCUGCCGGGCCCGGUGCUGGUCGUGCUGCGUUACCUCUUCACCUUCCUCAGCCACCUGGCCCAGUAUAGCGAUGAGAACAUGAUGGACCCUUACAACCUGGCCGUGUGCUUUGGGCCGACGCUGCUGCCCGUGCCCCCUGGGCAGGACCCCGUGGCCUUGCAGGGCCAGGUGAACCAGCUGGUGCAGACGCUCAUUGUGCAGCCCGCACGGGUUUUCCCACCCCUCACCCUGCUGCCGGGCCCUGUCUAUGAGAAGUGCAUGGCACCGCCUUCUGCCAGCUGCCUGGGGGACACCCAGGUGGAGGGUCUGGCAGGCGAGAACGAGCCGGAGCUGGAAGCUGGGACCCCGGCCCAGGAGGAUGGUGAGGGUGUCUGGAAGGAGGACCCCACCCUGUGGCCCUGCCCUGGGUGCCCACUCCACCCCCCCCACUCAGACCCCUUCUUCUCCUCAGUCCUGGAGGGCGUCGUGGAGGCGGUGGCCUGCUUUGCCUACACGGGCCGCACGGCCAAAGAGCUGACCUUCCAGCGCGGGGACGUGCUGCGGCUGCACGAGCGGGCCUCGGAAGACUGGUGGCGGGGCGAGUGCGCUGGCACCUGGGGGCUCAUUCCGCACAAGUACAUCACGCUGCCUGAGGGAGCAGAGAAGCACGCGGUGGGCCCGGGGCUGCAGGCUGGGGAGCUGCUGAGCAGUGCGGAGGGCCUCCCGGCUGUGGAGAUCACCCAGCGGCCAGAGCUAUGUACCCCACCCGGGGGCUCUUCUGGGCACAAACGGCACUGCUUGGUCCCAACCUCCCCAGAUCGACAUGUGGAGGUGGAUAAGGCUGUGGCGCAGACCAUGGACUCCGUGUUCAAGGAGCUCUUGGGAAAGACUGCCGUCCGCCAGGGCCUGGGGCCAGCAUCCACCAACUCUCCCAGCCCGGGGCCCCGCAGCCCGAAGCUUCUAGGCUGUGGCCGCCUGGGCAAGAACAAAGGCUUCUCCCGCAGCCCUGGGGCGCCGGCCUCACCCUCAGCGUCCCAACCCCCGGGCCUGGACUCACCCCUUAAGCCACACUGAGGUGCUGCUGGCUCCUCAGCAGACACCCCCCUCCCCUCACCCUAAGGGGUCGCCGGCAAGACCCUCCUCCCUCCCCAGGCCCUUUGCUUCUCCCUCGCCCUGUCCAGCAAGCACGGAGCACCUGCUCUUGACCCUUUGCGGAAAGAAGGAUGUGGCUGGCGAACGAUCCCCUGCCUGUCCCAGCCCUGGCUUAGGCCCUUUUGGGAGGCGGCCACAGGAGGCUGGGGGCAGCCCCUCCCCAGCUUGCCUGUGAGGGCUCAUCAGUGGCUGUUGGGUGGUGGGUGCCCUUGCUCAGAUGAGCAGGCCUGCCAGUGCCCAGGCCCUUCUCUGCUUCAACCGAGGGCACAGGACUGGCGGGGGUUGGCGGGCCUGGCAGCCAUUCAUAAAGACUUGA